GUCGACUCCGACUCUCGACUCCUGCUGCUGAAAUUAAUGGAGUCGACUCUUCAACUCCAAAACCAAGACAGCUUCAGAGCCAGCGAUUGCAGUAAAUAUUAAACCAUACUAAACGUAGUUCACUUAGUUUUUGAGUAGCUGCAGAUUGUAAAUUAGUGAUAUUUCACAUAUUUUACAUGAUGAGCUCGAGGUUUGACGAGAAUCUCAGAGUGAUAUACAGAGAAAAGCAUUACUGUAGUCAUAAUUCGAUAAAAAUUAACUAUUGUCAGUUAACUAGAUUUAAAAUUAAAUAAUAAACAUUUUGCAGCUGAAUGUUACCCUGUUCCCCUUUCCAUGAAGAUGAAUUCCAGUUUCUUAUUCGAAUUUUCCGCUCCACCUCAAAUGAUGCAGCAGUUCCCUAAGUUAGCUAACGCUAACAAAUAGCGUAGUUACAUUCGCAAGGACAUAGUUUAGUUGCAUCACCAUUUCAGGUCGAACUGAAAAUGAUUUACUGUUGUUUUGUUUUUGUUCCUUGUACAGUGUUAAAUCCUUGUUUGUUGCAGCCCGAAUCAUGAAAAUGAAGGGUGGAGAAUGGUGUACUGUAGAAGCAGACAAGCUAAGCUACAUGCUUUAGCUACAACUGAAAACAGAUUCGAAGAGUCGACUCCAAACCUAUCGACUCUCAGAGUCACAGGUCAAGAGUCGGCUCUGCCACCCAGACGUGCAGGAGUUGAAGAAUCGACUCUUUUGGAAUCGACUCCCCAUAACGUAUACAGGUGGGGAAAAUGACAACAGCCUUUGACAAAACCGUGGUUACGUUCAGACACUGUGGGAAAGAUAUCUAUACUUUUUCAGAUCAAAUCGCCACCUUAUCCUCACUGUGCCUACAGAAUCAAGCUUGUGCUCGAAAACAUCAGUGUCCUGUUUGUCAGGAACCUCUCGUACUUGGACUUUUAGACGCACCUGUGGCUCUUCCAUGUCCGUUUACGAACGGACACAGAGCUCCGUGCUCAUUUCUCAUAGGAGCGAACGACGGACCGUCAUUUCUAAGAGAAGGCCAUGACACAGAGUUGCAUGUUGGAGUCUCAAACUCUAAAGGUUUAGUCUAUAACUACACAUUGUCAGGAGUCCAGAGGGACGAACAUGGAUGGGAACAGUGCAUCUGUAUACAGCUGGUUCCACCCUGGAGAGAUUCCCUAAUAGAGUCAUGGGAUAAAGAACUGCAACUGUUUUCAUCACUUCCAAUCUGGACUCCAGAGAGGUUUCAUGAGGAGAGGGAGUUUGGAUCUUGUUGUUAUGGAUUUGCCCUGACAUUCAUAAACUAUAUGCGAUCACUGGACAGUAAAGACUCUCUUAGCAGAGAUGAGUUCACCACUUCAUCUGUUCUACCCAGAAUGAAACGUGCCUCCAUGUACAUCAAGAUGUAUGAAGAAAUACAGCAGCAUGGCUUGUACAUCGCUGACAAGUAAAAUAUCUUCAGAGCAAUGCCCUGAAUGUGGAGUGAGCUUCAGUGGCAGGAGGCUAGAGGAAGCCCCGAUCAGUGUACCCAACCCUUUCUCCAAUGGACACAAAGCACCAUGUGCUUUCCUUGUUGCCCCAACAGAAG